AACCUAAUUAAGGAAAUACUCUCUCUCGCGUGGAAGGCUCUUCUUUUCCUCUGUGAUUUUCUUCUCCAGCUCCAGCCUCCAGAGUCCAGACCCUCCGUCCCCGGGCAGCCGAGCAGCCGGAGCACGGGAGCAGCGCCGCUCCAUCCUCCUAUCCCGGUGUCCCGAAGCAGCCGUCGUCGUGCAGUGGGCCUGGCAUACACUGUGCAGCACCCACAGGCCUUAAUCUAAGCAAACGGGAGGCAUUUUCGUCAUUUGGGUUUUUUCACUCUCCUUUGCGGAUUCUUGCUCCGUUUGUCGCCAUUUAUUGGUCGCCCUCUUGCUCUGUUUCUCGCCUACAGUACCAAGAAAAUUUGGUUCAUAACCAAUCUUGCAUAGUGUCUCUGAUAUAUCCAUUUUGGGAGCUCCAAGAUGUCAACUGGCCCUGGACUUGAAUCACUUGUAGAUCAAACUAUAUCAGUUAUCACAAAUGAUGGACGCAAUAUAGUGGGAGUCCUAAAAGGCUUUGACCAGGCAACAAAUAUUAUCCUUGAUGAAUCUCAUGAACGUGUCUACUCCACAAAGGAAGGUGUUCAACAACUUGUGUUGGGUUUGUACAUAAUAAGGGGCGAUAACAUAAGCAUUGUCGGGGAGCUGGAUGAAGAGCUUGAUUCUAGUCUUGAUUUAUCGAAGCUGAGAGCUCAUCCUCUCAAGCCUGUCAUCCAUUGACUGACUAGGAAAGGUGUAGAGCUGGUAUAGAGACUAUGUAAGCGAUGUCCAAACACUUGGGUAUAAUGUUGAAAAUUCUGAUGCUGAUGUGCUAUAAUCAUGCAGAGUAGCUUUUGGAAAUGUUGAAUAUUCUGUCUGCGCUUA